AUGAAAACUAGACGUCAUACAACUGAUUCUCGUAUAUCUUCAUCACGUGAUGAAAGCAUUGAUAUAUUGCCAUCAACUUCAACUGAUGAAAAAUCGACUGAAACAUCAUCAAAUCAACACGUUAUUCAAAGCGUUUCAAAAUCUAGUGUUUGGCAAUAUUUCGAAAGGUGUACUUUAAACGGAAUUUUAAAAGCCAAAUGUUUACUAUGUCAACAUAUAUUAUCAACACCGAACUAUGGAACAUCAACUCUUAAACGUCAUCUAGAUCAAGUACAUGAUAUAAAACAAACUGAUUCAUCUGCUGUACCAAGUUCAUCGACUAUUUCUAACAAAAUAUCAAAACCAGAAAAAAAAGCAUUGGACUUAUUAGCUGUAAAUGCAAUCAUUCAAGAUGCUAGAGGAUUUGGUGAUUUACAGAAACCUGGUAUCAAGAAAUUGAUUGAUGCUUUGAAACCGAAUUACAUACCACCACACAGAAACGUAGUGGUAAAGCAACUGAAACGUCUUCAUCAAUACCACUAUAAUCGAACGAAAAUUGAAUUUGAAGAAGCUAAAUAUUUAUCCAUUACUUGUGAUUUUUGGAAAGACCGAAAAAAUAAUUCGUUUCUGGUGAUUACAGGACAUCAUGUUGACAAAAAAUUCGAUCCACAUUCAAAAAUGUUACAAUUUAUGCAAUUUGAAGAUCGUCACUAUUCAUUAACUAUUGCAAAUGAAAUUGAAAAUCAAUUAAUUAACCUGAACUUAUAUGAUAAACUAGUCACCAUUACAUGUGACGGUGCACCUAAUAUGCGCGAGAUGUUUAAUUAUUUUUCUCGUCAAAAUAUAAAAUAUAUUCAUUGUACUGCUCACAAAUUACACCUAAUUAUAUGCAACAGCUUGAAUCUUUGGGUUACAACAAAGAAAAAAGGAAAUACAACUGAAAAUGAAGAAGUUAUUGAAGCUAGUAUAAUUGAAGAUGAUGAAGAUGAAGAUGAAGGUAGUUUAAAUCAACUGGUGAGAACGAUGUCCUUCGAUACUGAUCCAUUAUCUUAUGGUAUGAUCAAUGAUGAUAGUGAAGGUGAUGAAACAUCAAAAGUAAGUUAUGAAUUUAUAUUCCUUUCAGUUUUAGUUUUUAAGAUCAAAUCUAAAUUUUGUAGUAAUGAUGAUGUCGAUGGGGAAUUAGAAUCGAAUCAUCAAUUAACUGAUGCAGCAACAGAUGAAGAAUGGACGGAUGAAGAAGAUGAUAAUGACGAAGAGAUAGUUGAUAAUUUUGUGGAAGGAAUUAAUAUGGACGAAACAUCACUUGAUUAUAUACCACAAAUGAUCAAAGACGUGAUUGAUAAAACACGUGAAAUAAUUAACACCAUUAAAGGAUCAUCAAUAUUAACAAGUUUUAUUGAAAAAAAAAGAUUACAUUUUAAUGCACGUGCUAAGAAACAGAAAAAAAUCAAACGACGUUUGAUCAUUGAUGUAAAAACACGAUGGAACAGCACCUAUAAGAUGCUGCAUACAAUUAAUCUCUAUCGUAAUUUUAUUAACGAUCUUUUCAAAUCAAAAGGAACUCUUGGUCUUUCAGUGAAAUUACGAAGAAAAUUAACACGUGUUGAAUUAUCAACUGAUGAAUGGGAUAGUUUAAAUUUGAUUAUUAGCUUAUUAUAUCCUUUUUAUUCAGCUACAAAAGUUUUAAGUAAUGCAAAAUAUCCAACUGUUGGAUCUGCAUGGUAUCUUUUGAAAGGUCUUGAAGAACAUCUUACAAAAGAAGAUAAUAAUGAAUUGUUAAAUAAUUUAAAAAAAAUUAUAUUGAAUAAAUUUCGACAGUAUAUUAUUGAUGAUGUAGAACAAUUCAAUACUUUAAAAGUAAGUGGUAUGCAUUAUUUUAAUUUCUUACGUGAAUUAGCUGUAUUUUUUUUUCAGUUGUACUCAUACUUUGAUCCAACAGGUUUUUCGGCUCUAACAAGAGGCGAACAAACAGCAGUUGAAAAAGAAAUAACAAAAUUACACAAAAAUGUAUUCUCAUCAUCAGAAAAUUCUUCGUCAUCAUCAAAUCAACAAAUGAAAAAAAUGAAUAACAUCGAUAAAGCUUGGCAUGGCUUUCUUCGAGCUACGAAUAAAGAUCUAAUUCAAGAACCAACAACAACAUCUACAAUCCAAUCAGAUAUAAGAAAAUAUCGAAAUUUGGCAACUAAAUUGUACGUAUGA